GGGUGCCUCGGUGCUUUCUGCGCGACGGCGGCGCGCGGGAGGUAGGCAGCGCGGGAGCGCGCGCGAAAAGGUAACGGUCGCGGAGCAGCUGCUCUUCAGAAGCUGGCAGGUCGCGAAUGGGGCUGACUGGGAGGGUCACCCCGACCUAUUAGGGGAAAUUGAAAAGAUGGGGCAGUGGGAGAUUGAAGUAGAGCACAACAUGGAAACUGGACCAGAUUUGGGGAAGCGAAUCAGAAUACAAGUUUGCAGUGCGUGUGAAGUGUGCUAUGUUAUGAUGAGAGUUAGCAAAUGAGUGCUUGAAAAAACGCCUGUUGGAUGCCUUGCCUGAUUUGCUCAGCAUUAUGUGUGUUGUGCCUUUUCAUGGAGACUGACCACGAACUUAGAAGGGGAUAAACAGCCAAUGGCUUCUGACUCUAUGGUCCGAGAGCAAGCAAAUCGUCAUGUGGUGAAAGGAAAAAGGCAACAGCAACAGGAAAGGUCACCUCUGCAUAGUGAUGGUGAUGAAGAAAUAUUUGUAUUUGAAGCAAAUGAAGCUUGGAAGGAUUUUCACAGCUCUCUCCUUCAGUUCUAUGAAGCUGGGGAGCUUUGUGAUGUUACGCUAAAGGUGGGGUCGAAGUUGAUUUCCUGCCACAAGCUUGUGCUGGCUUGUGUUAUUCCUUACUUCCGAGCCAUGUUUCUUUCUGAAAUGGCAGAAGCCAAGCAGACACUGAUUGAGAUUAAAGACUUUGAUGGCGACGCAAUAGAAGAUCUGGUCAAGUUUGUCUAUUCAUCUCAGCUAACUCUGACAGUAGACAAUGUCCAGCCUCUCUUAUAUGCUGCCUGCAUUCUCCAGGUGGAGGUAGUGGCCAGAGCUUGCUGUGAGUACAUGAAACUGCACUUCCAUCCUUCAAAUUGCCUGGCAGUGCGGGCCUUUGCGGAGAGUCACAAUCGUAUUGACUUGAUGGACAUGGCCGAUCGCUAUGCCUGUGAACAUUUUGCUGAAGUUGUGGAAUGUGAAGACUUUGUGAGUGUGUCGCCUCAGCACCUUCAUAAACUGUUGUCUUCAAAUGAUCUGAGCAUUGAUAGUGAAAAGCAGGUUUAUGGUGCUGCUAUUAAAUGGCUUCUUGCCAAUCCACAGCAUCAUGCUACAUGGUUAGAUGAAAUAGUUGCUCAGGUGCGCUUGCCUCUGUUGCCUAUUUGUUUUCUCAUGGGAGUAGUGGCAAAAGAAGAGAUUGUCAAGCAGAACCUCAAAUGUAGGGACUUGUUGGAUGAAGCAAGAAACUACCAUCUUCAAAUGAGCAGUCAUACAGUACCAGAUUUUGAGUAUUCUGUCCGGACGACACCAAGGAAACACACUGCCGGUGUCCUUUUCUGUGUUGGAGGUCGUGGUGGGUCUGGUGACCCUUUUCGCAGCAUUGAAUGCUACUCGAUAAAUAAGAACAGCUGGUUUUUUGGCCCUGAAAUGAACAGUAGGAGAAGGCAUGUCGGUGUGAUCUCUGUGGGAGGUAAAGUUUAUGCAGUGGGUGGGCAUGAUGGAAAUGAACAUCUAGGCAGCAUGGAAAUGUUUGAUCCCCUAACAAAUAAAUGGAUGAUGAAGGCAUCAAUGAAUACAAAGAGGAGAGGAAUUGCUCUCGCCUCUCUUGGAGGCCCCAUUUAUGCCAUAGGAGGCCUAGACGAUAACACUUGCUUCAGUGAGGUAGAGAGGUAUGACAUUGAAUCUGAUCACUGGAGUGGAGUAGCGCCCAUGAAUACACCUCGGGGAGGAGUUGGCUCUGUGGCUCUUGUGAAUCAUGUAUAUGCUGUUGGUGGGAAUGAUGGAGUAGCUUCUCUCUCCAGUGUGGAGAAAUAUGAUCCUCAUCUGGAUAAAUGGAUAGAAGUGAAAGAGAUGGGUCAGCGGAGAGCUGGCAAUGGGGUUAGCGAGCUCCAUGGCUGCUUAUAUGUAGUAGGUGGCUUUGACGACAAUUCUCCACUUAGCUCUGUUGAACGAUUCGACCCUCGCAGUAAUAAGUGGGAAUACGUAGCAGAACUUACAACUCCUAGGGGUGGGGUUGGCAUAGCAACACUAAUGGGCAAAAUUUUUGCUGUUGGAGGUCAUAAUGGAAAUGCUUACCUGAAUACAGUGGAAACUUUUGAUCCUGUGGUGAACAGGUGGGAGCUUGUGGGUUCUGUAUCUCACUGCAGAGCUGGGGCUGGAGUAGCUGUUUGUGCUUGUCUUGGCAGCCAAAUCCGUGACAUGGGUCAAGGAUCCAGCAAUGUGGUGGACUGCAUGUGAAUUUGGGUUGAAGUCAAAGUCAGUUUGGUGAUUGCUGUGAAAUGUUACAAACCUUCACAAUCAUCUUGCUAAGACAUUUUGAAUUUUUCCACCUGUAUCUGUAAAUACUCAGAAGCUUUUUUAAUAUGGGAAUUGGCAUGGCAUGGCAGCUUUUUAAGGCUUACUGAAUCAGUAAAGAUUUAGAAAAAAGGUGGAAGGAGCCUCAGUGUGGUGCAGAAUGUGCCCUGCAGUGUUUUCAUAGUAAAUUAGGCAGGUAAGGGCUUUUGAUCUCAAGAAUCUUGUAACUCAUAUAGAUUGGAUAUUGGAGAAAGUGCUACCUGUGUGUUUCAAGUCUCUGUACUUUUCUCAAGCCCAUCAUUCAGAAUGUUUUUACUGACAUUUAAAGCAACAGUCAACACAUGAAGUGUAAUGAAUGAUUGGACAGAAAAACACCCUGUACCUACCAGCUUGCUCCAGUCAGUUACACUGGGAAGCGUAGGACUUUUUUCUGUCCAGACACGCAUAGGAUUACCCUAAGACUUGUAUAUUUACAAGUAUAUUUGUAUAUACUAAACUAUUUCUUUUAUGAAUAAAUGUGUUUGGCUGUCACGCUGUGCAAUCCCAAAUCAGCCCUGUGGAUGCUGAUCUCCUGAAAAGAGAAAUAUAAUGGCCUCGUUCACAUAUAAUACAAGCCCAUGAUUUAUUUAAGCAAUGGUUUGUUGCCCUAGAAAGGGUGUACCUGACAGAUGACCAAGGAGCUGCAUCUUGCUUUCUUGUUCCCUCCCUUGUCAGCUCUCUCUCCAUAUCCUGAAUGCCUUUGCCUUGUUGUGGUUCUGACAGUGCUUCACUGCAUCCUGCAUCACACAGCUGAUCAAAGUUGUGUCCCGCUUGAGAGUACAGCUUUGUACCGGGCCUUCUUGGGAGGAUUGAAGCACCUUUGUGGAAACUUUCUGAGAUGAUAAAGGUGUUCCCUUGAGAAUAUUUGUAGGCAUCUGAGCAAAAGGCUUGCUGUAUCACAAAGCCAUGGUUAUGUGCUAACUCACAGCCUUUUGUGACAUGAGUCCAGGACCUGCAGGGAGGAAGCUGUGCAUAAGGAAGCAUGUGCUCUCCAGGUUGGCCUGUUCCUCUGCAUAUCCUCCUAACAUUGGUUGAGUGCUGAUGCUUUGGAAUUCUGCUUCAGGCGAUCAGGCCUUUCAAGUGGCCUGGGCUAGCAUUCGUUAGAGGACAACAUGACGGUUAGUGAAUAUGGCACAGUAAAUAGUCCUGUGAGAAGGAAAGACAGAAUUAAACUGAAUGCAAAUGAGCUGAAAGUUUCAGUUAUUUAUGCUCUGACAUUUACUUUUGCUUUGAAGAUGGGUUUUUGAAGUAGCACACCCUCUUUUUGCCCCAUCUCCUCUUCUUCAUCAGAACUUCUCUGAAUUUCUUUGGUCCUGGUAUUUCUUUUGCUCCCCCUUUGCUCUCAGCCCAUGCAGCACUUACCUUGCACUUGGCCCCUGCAGCUGUGUACGCGAGGCUCUGCACAGCUUCGUUCUAAAAAUAAGCAUCAUAAGACUACCCUGGGGCAGGUUCCACCUGAAGUGGCAAAAGCACACAAGGCAAGGAGCACAGCACUAAUGAAGCUUUUCUCAUAAAGGAAAUUGUCAUCUUGUUGUACAGAGUGUGAUUUGGGAGCAGCUUCCACACAAAUUGCAAGAGGAAAUUAUGAUCUCACCUCUCUCGAACUGGUGAUAAUGAUGUGGGGAAAAUGUGUAUGAACCAAAGUUCUAUGCCCAAACCAUUUAGAAUGGAUGAAGCUGGCUUGGAGUACAAUAUGGGCAUAAAAAUACUGUGUUUCUUGGAGAAACAGUUAAGCAGUGGUUCCCUGUAUGUAGUUGUAUCACAAAGUGCACAGAUAGCUGCUUUACUAUUGCACUGCCUCUUCGAAAACGUGUUUGCGUAAGUCUGUAGAAUCCAGUGGAUAAAAUACAGAAUAAAGUGGCAUGCUGUGUUGUAUGGAAGGCAGAAAUCUUGUAAUAAAAAUCAUUUAUUGUC